CGUUCCUCUCCCCACACUUUAAAAUCCCCUUUGACGAAGAUCGAAAAAUAAACAUUUAUUUAAUACAAUAUGAAGAAUCACAAGGUAUCAGAAGAACUGGGAUAGUGGAAUGGUUCAAUAAAUGUGGAAAGAGUGACCAGAAGGAACAUGGGUAUUGCAAAUAGGAAAUGAAAGCAGUAAACAGUAGCCAGCUUUAUACUCAUAAUGGGGAAUGCAAGCAGUAACCAGAAAGAAGAUCUGUGUACAAAUAGACACAGUUAUUAUACUAAGUUAUUGUCUGCACCACCAUUAUGGUCAACCCAAACAUCAUAUAGUAAAUGGGCUAAACAGUACAAAAAUGUGGAAGGGUUUACAGAUUUUGCCGAUUUUACAACAUGUCGUGAGGCAAGAAAACGUCAUGGCAUAUUAGUCAAACCAGACACAUACGAUGGGAGGCAGCUUGUAUCCCAGUUGAAAUCUAAAUCAGAAUUAACUUUGAUUGAAAAGCAAAAAUGGAAGCUUUCUUCCUUUAAACUUCCCAGAAUUCCCUUGACUGGAUUAGAAGAUCCCUAUUGGCUUCAUAGCAGACAUAACAGGAACAGACGUGAAUGCAGUAUAAUUGGUUACCAUGACACCAUGGCUGUUCUUCAAAUUAACACAAAUAGAUACCACUUGUCACCAAGAUUUUACAUUUUAGAUUUGGAAAAUAAGCAAGUUUUAGGACAUUUUGUGGUGUUUUACCAUUGUAAGAGAUGGUAUGAGUGUUAUAUCUCUCCUAACAAACAGCAGUUGUUGAUACGCCCUGAUAAUUUAACUAGAAUUGUUUCGCUGCCAGAUAAUUACAUGAUAGAGAAUAUAUCUUUGAUGCCGCAAGCAUCAAAACUCAGGAUUAAUGCUGUGCCUCCAACACUCAGAGCCCAUGUGCUAGCAUUCAACUCUCAAGCUGGGGACAAUUUUGUUUUGACUGCUUUUUACAAAGAAAUAGAACUGAGAUCUAUUGGUGACUGGAAUGUUGUUAGAAAGAGUGGUACCUUUCGUCUCCCAGCAUCAAUACAGCAGAUAAAAUCAAGUCCUUUAGGAGACUAUAUAGUGGUUAGAUGUGUUCAUCCUCUUUAUAAUAAAGAGUAUCGGACAAAUAUUGUGGCAGUUAUCAGUUAUGUAAACUUUGAACUGUUGCUCCGAAUAGAUGUCCGAGGGUGCUACUGGCCUGCUAGUGAGGUCAUCAAUUUACAAGUCUUCCCAUACUUUUCACCAAGUGAAGCUACGAUUGCUGUUAUGAAAAACCAUGCAUACAAUCGUAAAGUUAUAACACAGAAACUACCCAUCGUAAGACUAAACCUGCAAUAUUUGUGUCGUAGAGCUAUUCUUCAUCUUGUGAGUUACCGUGAUGUGGGUAAAUUACCACUUCCUGCACAGCUAGUUGAUUACAUUCAAGGCAAACCACACAAAAUCUGCAAUGUGUAAACCAAAUGCAAAGGGCUUUUUAGGUGGCCAGCUACUUAUACAUGUUAUUCAUGUUAUUCAAUAUAUAUUUUUAAUGGAAGUUUCGGAGAAGUUAUGUACCAGAGACAUAUAGUACAUUGCAAUGUAUUAUAUUGUACACAAUGUUAACCUGUAUAUAUAUGUUGUAUGUGUCUCUCUAUGUACAAAUGAACAUAUUUUAAAACAUGCUAAAAGUGUACAUUAUUAAUUUUAGAUCUUUCAAUAGUGUUAUAUUGACAAAUGUUUAAGGAUUGUAUUUUCUUGAUAUUCAAGAUGUGUUGCUAAAUUUAUAAAUGUCAAACUGCUUGAAAUGGCUUAUAAUCCAACAUUUUCACUUUGGAUUGAAAUGUCCCACUAAUGCACAAUUUUUCAUCUUUGCUCAAUAUAUAUAUGUUUUUGUGGGGAAAAAAUUUGCAGAGUUCAGGCCCCUUCGAAUUCUACCACUUUGAAUUGAAAAUCAGAAUGGGGUUGGCAUGUAUGCUUAAUUCUAAACAUCUAAAGGCUUUAUGGAGCAUGUACCUGGGUGCUUUGUGUGCCAUACAGUGUAACACUCUCUUUCUUUUCGUGUUUGAUUUUUGUGGAAGAGAGCAGAUCAAAUAAAAACUACUGCUACCAUGUAUGUCAUGUAUGUUAACAUGGUUAAGAUUGUAUUGAUAAGAGCAAGAACUCUUUCGUGGCUUUUAAUAGAAAAAGAAAUUCAAUUAUAAUCAGGUAAAAAAUUCUGUCAGAAACUUUGAAAGUAAAUAUCAUUAAUACUUAUCUAAACCUAGUCAAUAAUCUUGCUUUUUCAAUAUACAUGUACUAUGCUUUUUUAAUAUACACAAACAUUUACACGUACACUGUAUUAUCAUAUGAUGCUUACACAAGAUAUAUAUGUAUGUACCU